AUGCAUUUUUCCUACGAUUCUGUUCGUAACCUAGCAUAUGGACCACCGAUUUUCAAUGAUGAAGCACUCCAUCAUGUUCAUCUCAACAAUAUUGAAGUGUUAUAUCUUCAUGUUCCGAUUGAUUAUCGAUUUUUAUCAAGGGUUCCCAAAUUGGAAAAUUUACAUUCACUUAAUGUAGUCAUUUCAACGGUAAUUUAUCAAUGGCAAUUACAAGCAUUGUUUGAUAAUGCACUGCGUCUAUACUUAUUGUCAUUUGAAGCACGGAACACUUCUUCAACAUCACCACCAUAUCAGUGUACCACUGCAUCAUUUCAUCGGCUCAAUUUACAAAAUUCUGGUCAAUCUAGUUAUAAUCAUCGUUAUACUAGUAAACAAUGUUUAGAAUUAAGUCGAUCACCAAUAGGUAUUCAAUGUCGAGUACUACUUAUUGAAGUCGAAAAACUCAAGUGUAUUUUGGAUUUAAUUUAUUCUAUGAUUAAUCUGCGAACAUUACACGUUUCCUAUGAAUAUGAUAAGCAUAGCAAUAAGCUUGAUCUUGCCAAAGCCUUGGAAGAGUGUUUGUUGUCAACAUGGACUGUAACUCGAUUUUAUUAUGAAUAUUUUGUUAUUCAGUCAUGA